AUGCCCGUUUGUCUCUCCACGCCCAAUCUGCCCGCGAGCCGUUUUCAUCUGCUUCUGUGCUCUGGACGGAGGACAUCCCCGGUAGGAGCAGAGCAAGCGAGAGGGUCUGCACACAAUACGGUCAAGGUUCACGGCCUCGGCGCCCUGUGGCGCGAUGGCGACGGCGACAGGGAGAGGAGGGUGGUGGUGCGAAGGAAUAGCAGGCGACGCAGCGUCCAUCGUGCGUGGCCGUUGCUAUCCGUACUGUUGAUGCUGUCCUUGCCUCCUCCUCAGUGGAGGCCGAGCCCCGUUGGGGAAACCAAGGAACGCUGGGACAGGAACCUUCCAGCGACCGUCAUCAUAUCUGGAGCAGCUCCGGCGUGUGACGGGUGGAGAGACUCGCCUGGCAACUGGGCGAGGCUCGUCCACGCCGUGAUUCGCCGGCCGCAGCGGGAGACGCUCAAUGGUGCGAGCAAGGCCUGGGAGGCUGCGCUAAGCAUCCAGCAGCUCGGCCAAACGCCCCGCGCCCUCCGUCUCGUGGCCGCCGAAGCCAAGAUAUACUCUGCCUGCGCCCUCCUCCAGGCGCCGUGGUUGUGCCAGCUCCUCUCUCUCCUCCAUCUCCCUCCCGCACUUCUCAGGCCGCUGUCCUCCUUGACCUCGCAACUCACCGUCCGCGACGAGCGCAUCUGCCCCCGACACCCGCCUUUCGCACUCUCUUCGCCAACGUCGCGCGUCCUCACAAUGGGCCUUGCCGAGCACACGAGCAAGGUUGUCGCCCAGUUGUCUCUUUCAGAAGCAGCUUACAGGGCAGCGUCCAGCCGUUCCUUCAGCGGCCCGAAGAGGAGGUCGCUCCCGCACAUGUGGACCUCGCACAAGAGGUCGAGGACAGCCUACCAGCUGUCGAGGCCGCACAACAGGCGCCGCCGUUGCCUGUCGUGCCGGCACAGGUCAGGGGUGACCCUGUCCUCGGGCCUGACCCCCGACUGCAAACAGCAACAACUGCUGAACAGCAUGAGCGGGCCCUACCCGAACCACUACGAGCGGCAGAAGAGUUACAUCCGCGGCAACCAAGGCCACGGCUUCUACCGUGGUUCUUCUCUCGCCACGAACGGCCGUCUCCACAUGCUCGCGCGGUACUCGCACGGGUGCCAUAGCAACUGGUUCCGUCGGUGGAACUGGCCGUCUGGCUCGGCCAGCUAG